UCAAGCGUGGUGCACUGCCAAGAAAUCAUGAGCUAAUCAUGUUGAGUUCAGGAAAUGUGAUAAGACUUGAGUUUAGCAAUCCUACAAAGCAGCUCAAAGAGGCUCUGCCUGCUGCUGUCCUAUCUGGUUUUCAUUGACGUUAAUGCGCACACGUUAAGUUGUUAGAUCGACAGAUGAAGAUAUGAAAUUACUCUUUCUUGCAUGUCUCAGUCCCAAAACUGGGAACCUCACCACAGCUGAGAGAAUAAGGUCCCACAUUGAAUCAGCAGGACACAGCUGUGAGCUUAGGGAUGCAGCAGAAUUUCAGUCUCCUGCUGAAGUGGCAAAACUAGUAUCCCAAAAUCCUCCAUUUGAUGGUGCACUGGCCAUUCAUCUGUUCAGAGCAGGCAGACUUCUCUUAGACAUCCAAGUACCCUUUGGCGUUAUCUUUGGUGGAACAGACAUAAAUGAGGAUGUGAAAGUUGAGCAGAAGCUUGUGGUUAUGGAGCAGGUGCUACAGAAAGCCAGGUUCGCAGUUGCAUUUACUAACAAACUGAAAGAAGCAGCUGAGUUGUUCUUGCUGUCCCAGAGCAGUAAAAUCUAUGUCCAGCCUCAAGGUAUCCAGACAGACGUGGCAGAGAAAUUCUGCUGGACUGAAUUCUUGAGGAGCUCAGGUGUAAGCACAGAGCGUGUGGAUCAGCUGCAUGUCUUCUUGUUGGUCUGUGGCCUCAGAAGAGUCAAGGACCCCCUCUAUCUGGUGGAGGUGUUUUCAGAGUGGCAUAACGAGAAUCCCCAGAAUGUGUUGGUUAUUAUUGGGCCAAAGAUGGAUCCUGUGCUUACAGCUGAGGUUGAAGCUGUUGUGAAGAGAACAGCAGGGGUCUUCUUGGCCCAAGAGAGGAGCCAACAGGAGCUUCAUGCUGCCAUGAAAAGGUGCUUUGCUCUGGUCAACAGUUCCAUCUCAGAGGGCAUGUCAGCAGCCAUCUUGGAGGCCAUGGAUCUUGGGAUACCCGUAGUGGCCAGGGACAUUCCAGGAAAUGCAGCUGUGGUUCAGCAUGAGGUCACUGGUGUGCUAUACUCUUCUCCUCAGGAAUUUGUGCAUCAGUCUCGGAGGCUGUUGUCAGAUCAUGAGCUGAGAGAGAGAGUGGUGAGGAAUGGAAAACUCUAUGUGGAAGAGCAUCACAGUCUGAAACAGGAGAGAGAAACCUACCAGAGGCUGGUGGACACUCUGCACUGAGCCUAAGAUCACAGCAUUCAACUUCACUCUGUAUACUUUCUCAGGUAUUUCAGCAACCAGGUAUUUCAGAGAACUGGGAAUUACACCCGUGUAUUUAGCUUGCCAGAUUGAAAUUAUGCUUGCAGUGCACUUUGAUAUAAAGACGAGGGAUGAUUAGGAUGCAAUAAAACAGAAAAAUGCUUGUCAUAUUAAUAUAUUUUAUGUACUGUAUUUGAAAUCUAUUAUGUAUUGUUAUUUAUUGUUCAAAUAUAGAAAAAACAUGGUUUCUUCAUUGUGCACAAUAAAAAAGGAGAACAAC